AUGCGCUACGUUUCUUCGUACCUCCUCGCCCUUGCUGGUGGAAAUGAACAUGCCAAACUUGAACAUUUGGACAUUCUCGGAGCUGUGGGAGUUGACACCGCUGUUGAAGCAGCCAAGCUUGUCAUUUCACACCCAGAAGGCAAGUCCAUAGGCGAGGUUAUCGCAAAGGACCGUCUAGUUUGGUUUCGGCUCAGUGGAUGGAUGAGAGAGAUGGUCGGAGCAGAUAUGUCGAUGGACUCAAAACCGAAGAGUUUCCUUCAAAGGAUACUGUUGAUAAGAUUGUUGACACGUAGUCGAAUCAUGCGAUGAAACUCCUGCUCUGG